AUGAGCGCUGCGAACUUGGCCGCCUCCUUGGGCCUGGACGGCUUGAAAGAAGACGAGCUCAAGGUGUUGGCCACUCUGGUGGAGGAGACCGAGAGGAAUGAAAGCCCCAGGUUCGGAGCCGCGGAGUGGCUGGAGGGGCUCUCGGACUACAGCGACGAGCGCGGGCGCGGGCGCAGCGCCUCCCUGGCAUCGCUAGGUUCCUUCGGCUCCGAGGGAAAGCUCAAGGCUCCGUUCCUGGAGCGGUGCCGCGAGAUCUUGACUCGAGCAGAAGUUCCAGAAGGACACAAGACAGAGGCCUCUAGCCUCCAAGAGCAGGCGAAGCAGGAGAAGCGGAUGCUGCAAGAGGAGUUGACUCGUUCAGAGGAAGCUCUGCAGCACGAGCGCACCAAGAACAAGGAUGGCCACCGCGAGUUUGAGGAGGAACGGAAAAUCUGGCAAGAGGCCUCUAGCCUCCAAGAGCAGGCGAAGCAGGAGAAGCGGAUGCUGCAAGAGGAGUUGACUCGUUCAGAGGAAGCUUUGCAGCACGAGCGCACCCAGAACAAGGAGCAGAGCGUCUGGAUGCAGGAGUCGUUCAGGUUGGUCCAAGCUUUGCGGGAGGCGGAGGGAGCAGCUCAGCUGGAGGCUGCGGCAGCGGAGGCGGCGGAAGCGGAGGCGGCGGAAGCGGAGGCGGCGGAGGCCUUCAAAGCGGCGGAGGCGGCGGAGGCGGUGCGCGCGGAGGAGCUGCGGGCGGAGCGGAAGCAGCGGGCGGCCGAGCAGCGGGCAAGGCAGCGGGAGCAGCAGCUUUCCGAAGCCCUGCACGGUGCGCGACAUGACGCACGACAAGAGAGCGAGGCGGCCGUGCAGGAACAGACUUUGGCGCAGAAAAGGCUUCAGCAGCUGGAGCAGCUUGAAGGGCGACUGGUCAGCGGAGAAGAGGCUUUGGCAGCUUGCUGGGAGACAAACGCGCAGUGUAAACUGUGCUUGGAGGAUGAAGCCCAGAACCUCCGCACUGUCCGAGAAGAGUGGCGCUCGGAGCGCUGCUCCUUGCGUGGGCAGCUCCGCCAGCGUGGGGACACCGUGGGCGCCCUUGAGCGACGGGCCUCCGAGCUGGAGGGCCGGCUGCACCGCAGCGAGGACCUGUUGCAGUUGGAAGAAGCAGUGUGCAACGAGGUCCGGGCUCAGCUCCGCGAAAGCAAAGAGCAGGAAUCUUCCUUGGAGGAGGAAGUGAGCGCCCAGCAGCAAGUGCUGGACGGAGGCUUGCGACGAGCCUUCGAGGAGCAGAAAGACUUUUUGCAUUGCUGGCAUCGUCGGCGUGAGGAGUUGUGGCUCUCCCAGAAGGUCGAGGUCUUGGAAAGCGCGCAGCGCUCGAAGCAGCUCGCAGAGGUGGCCGAGCAGCGGGAGCUGGAAAUGCAAAGGGGCCAACAGCUGCAAAGCUUUCCGGGCCUGGAGGAGCGUUUGCAAAAAGCUGAGGCUUUGAGUGAGGAGGCCAUGGAGCUGCGCAAGAAUCUGGCUGAACUGCGGCUGGAGGAGGCAGCGCAGGCAAGGGCAAAAUAUUUUUUUCGCACGGAGGCAGAAGUCAUGGGAAAGAGUCUGGAGGCAGAACGGCACGCGUCCCAGCAGCAGGAGGAGCGGCGUCGCUGUGACUGGCAGGCCCAGCAACUGAUGCAUGAAGCAGGUCUCACUCGCCUCACUGAGCGUCACGAGAAGGCGUUGGCAAAAAUGAAGAGUUGGUGCGACAGUGAGAAGGCCAGCUUGCAGAUUCGGUUUGAGAAGGAGAGGGAGGAGUGGGCCGUGGACUGGCUGCAGCUGCACGCGGCGGUGAAACCCCUGCUCCGGGGUCAGGAGGUGGCCGAGGCCGAGCUGGUCUCGCGGCAGGUGGCUGCAGAGGAAGGUGUAGGCCUCUUCCGGCGCUUCGCCCAGCUCAAGGAGCUUCAAGUUGCGGAGUUGAAGCAGGCGAACCGCGUCAUGGAGAGCUUCGCCGAGAGAGGCCACGCAGGCCAGGCGCACAGCGAGAGUCCGAAGGAGCCAAAGGUAAGGACAGCCUGGGCGGAAGUGCAGGACAGCCACAGAUGA